AUGACUACAGUCAAGCAGCAAGGCUCGCACACCCUUUAUGUGAACAAUUUAAGCGAGAAGAUAUCCAAGCAAGAGUUACGAAUGGCGCUUUAUUCAGUGUUCUCCUCGUUCGGGAAGAUUCUUGAUAUCGUGGCCGCCAGAACUUACCGACUUAGAGGACAAGCCUGGAUAGUUUACGACACCAUGGAUGAAGCUCAGAGAGCCUUUGAAGGCCUACAGAACUUUCCAUUUUACGAUAAACCAUUGAAAAUUGCGUUUGCAAACCUGUCGUCAGACGUUAUUCUUCGGCGUGAAGGAGAACAAAUCAGCAGAGUUGCGUCCGCCCGGGUAGUAAGAAGGGCAGAGAAUCAAGAACGUGAGCGUAUGCGACGUACGAUGAUGGCAGGUGUUCUGUUAUCACACGAAGAAGGGGCCGACUGCGACGUCUCAGCUAGCAAGGAAAGAAAAUGUAUCCUAGUUCAGGGACUUCCCGCUGCGACAACAACUCACAUGCUGACACUCCUUUUCCAGCAAUUUCUGGGCUUCAAAAGCGCAAACAUGUCUGCGAAAGAGAUAGGGAUAGGACAAGUAGAGUUCGACACACCCGCUCAGGCUUCGGCGGCUCUGAAUGGCUUACAAGGAUUCCGACUAAAUGCGGCGCACUCGAUUGUUUUGUCAUUUUUGUGA